GUAGGUGGCAGUUGUGCCUAUGACAUGCAUCUAGCGUGCCACACAUUUCAUCAGAAGACGAAGAAAAACUUUCCCCGGAAAGGAGUUCUGGUUUAGUUGAGAGAUGCAGAGCCGAGGCAGCGCCGAUCAGUCCCAUCCUCUGUUUGGAGGAGCUUUGACAGCCGUCCUCCCUCACAGCGCCAAAGACACCAGUGAGCUGAGAGAGAUCCCUGACAACCAGGAGGUGUUUGUCCAUGAACACACCGACCAGAGCCUGAUCGUGGAGCUGGUAGAGUAUCAGAGUCAGGUGGAAAACGAGGACGCUGCAAGGUAUCACUUUGAAGACAUCGCAGGCAGUAACAAAGCUUUAGAGCCAGGUGCUUUUGAGGUGACCAGUGUUGUACCCAUGUCCAAAUCUCAGCUGUCCCUGUCGGACUGCAGUUCUGCCUGGAUGCUGACUGGCACUCAGUGUGUGUCUAAAUUCAACGAAGAAGCGAGGAAUUCAGUGACCCUACACCUGGGUCUGUUCCGUCUACCACAGUUCUCCACAGAUGUCCUGAUAACCUUCAAUGACCCGCAGAGAAUCAACCCUGAUAGCAGCAGUGCAGCUUCAGCAGAGACACACAGACAGCCAUGGACGGUGCAGGAGUUCCAGCGGUUGUUGCAGACGAUGACUCUGCACAACCCAGGGCUGUUUGGAUAGGACUGCUGCUACUUCAUCAGACCCCUGAGUUAAAGGUUUAGUUUCAAGCUCAUUUAAACCACUAUGUUUAGCUGGGGCUCCACAAGAAUCAGGUUGGUACCAACCUGAAAGUUUGGGGGCAAUUCUUUCAAGCUGUGGUCCAGUUGCUGCGUGGCACAAAUCCUGUUUUUCGCUCGAUGUUUACUUUGUUGUGACAAAAAAAUGAAUUCAAAACCAAACAUUCAAGAUUUUAUUUUCAUAUGCACAGAAGCUAAGAUUAUAUAUGGCAAGGAAAAACUCCCAGGCUCCUCCAACAAUGCAACAUAAAACAUCUCAUGAUAUGAAGAUCAGAAGUCAUAAUAAAUGUUUUUGAUAAUAAAAUCUUGGACCUUCUCUUUA